AUACUACAGUAAAAAUGACAAUGAAUUGUUUAGAGCGUACACGUUCUCUUUUGUAAAUGUGUAUUUUUAGCUCAAUAAAUAUGAGUAUUUUGUUCAAAGGACUGAUUAUGUGAUUGUUAAAGGUUGGCAAUUGAUGUGAAGCUGUUUUGUCCAAUUAUUGCGAGCUGAUGAACCGACAAGGAACAAGCAAGAUGAAGAGUUAACAUAUUUCUACAAAGAGAUCGUCUUAGUAAAUGCCAUUUUUGUUGAUAAAGAUGGCACUUCAAGACCUUCAUUUCAUCUUCAUCAUCUGUUGCCUGGCUUGUCUCAAGGGAUGUCACGCCCAACUUGUGGAUGUCGCUCUUCAAGUGGACUCCCCCACCUCCAACCCAAUGAUCGGAGGUUUUCCGUCAUUACACCUGAGCGACCGAUUAACCAUUAACAUUGGCCUCCAAUUUGGCAGUUCUGGGGAGCAAGCAAAGCUCUCACUCCAAGUCCCAGAAGAGUUUGCUCAAGUCACUUCUGACAAUCUCACCAUUUCCUACGGUAGCAAUUUGCAAGAUGCCCAAGAAACCGUGCAGAUUUCAAGAAUGCACCUCAAUGUUACCUUCGGGGAGGUCCAAGUGAUCAAUGCAACACUCGGAAACAACAGUCUUGAGAACGUCAUUGACCUGCGCUAUGUGCUUUACAUUCAAGACUUCAAAAAUGUUGGCGAUCUGUUUAAUAUGACGUUAAGUGUGGACUAUGGUAUGAACUAUGAAGACUCGUUUAGUGCCUCAAGAAUUUUCAGUUACGCUGGUCCGGAGGUUGAUAUUGAAAGGUUGCAAAAUUCUGAUGGACAACCUUUCAUCUUUGAUCGUGAGAUGCAAGUGUCUGCCUCCAUAAGACUUCCUCCAGGCUUAUGGAAUAUGUCAGACACACAAGUGAUCUUAGAUUUUCUAUCUGACGAUGUUUCCUUCAUCAAUCUGGAUGUCUUUUCCUGCCUGGCCGCUUCGGAUAGCCCCAACAUCACUUUCUCCGACCCGGCCAGUCAAAAUGUCACCACCUUCACUAACGCUUCAUCACCGAUAGCCGUCGUUACGAUCCAGAAUGCUACCGUUAACCAGGGGAACGCGAGGCGGAAACGUAGUGUUACUGCAGGGAACCAGGCCAGUGCCAGCCUAGUGUGGAAUCUUUUUGAUGUCGCAAAUAUUGGAGACAGCGUGGAGACUGUGUAUUUUACAGUGCGUAGUGUAAUUGGACAAACAGCAGAGAUGGUCGAUGGUGUCGGGAUGACCUAUUCAUUCACGAUGAACAUAAACCAGGAGAAUGUUCCUCUAAACAACGAUAUUCUGGUCGUGUCAGAACCAGAUCUGGUUCUAGACAAGACGAUGACUGUGCUUAAUGAGGCAGUUAAUGAAGAUCUUGACUACUCACUGAACUACCUCAGCUUCACUACGACACUGUCCCACUCAUCCCAGUCUAGUGCCCCGGCUUAUGGAGUUGUUCUCACAGAUCAGGUGCAAGGGUUUGUAUUAGAAUACUUCAAUGGUCUGGUGCCAGUGGUUGGAACUGCAGGUUUUGAUGUGACGGCGCAGGACCUGGUGUAUCGAGUGGAUGAGUUGAUGUUGGGCGACACACUCACCAUCUCAUACAAAGCGUAUUUUGAUGACGACACGGUGACCAAUAAGAUUGAUAUGCCAUUGAUGCAUGUUGCCACGGCAACCUGGCAGUCCAUGCCAACGCAAGAAAUAACUCCCGAGUAUCCUGGUCGGUCUUACAGCCCAGCUGUUCAACCUGAAACCUGCGUCACUCCCAUCGAAAUCCAAGAGCAAAGUCUGGUCUACGACCACGGCCUAGCGGCCAUCAUGUUCUUUGUCGCUCUGCUUGUUGGCUGUAUCAUCGUAGCUCUGAUUUGCCUCAUCUGCAUCAAGUUCUGCAGGAAGGGUCCUUACGCUACUGUCCAGCCAGCCGGCAAAUAUGGCGGGGGCUCUCGGGGACAGGGGUUGGUUAUGAACACUAGGGGUGGGGCACGGUCUGGCCUGAGCAACUUGAAGGAAUUCUGCAUGAUUGCAAUAGACGACAGCAUUGUCAUGGUUCUGGCCCUGAGAGACAAAACAAGAAAGUUGUUGGAGUUUGACAAUUUGGAUAUUUGGUGGACGAUCACCAUCGAUAUCCAACUAGAACAGCAACGUCUGGACGCCAUGGUGGACUCAAACGUCAACCUGAUCAACAAGUGGGCAACAGAGGGCGCCAUACCCCGGAGAAUCAGCGACAAGUCCAACAAGAAAUUCCAGCGCAAAGUGAAGGACUUGAACAAAACGCUCGAAGAUGAAUAUAAGGAGGAAUGUCGAGAGCUGAUCAAGGAAUUGAGCGUUCAGAACAAACUGAAACUAGCUGAGCUUCAAAGAAAGCACAAAGUGGAGUAUAACGACACCGUGACUCAGACAAAGAGAAUGACUGAAGAGGAGAGAAAAGAGAUUUUACUGUUACUACGGCAACAGCAUGAUGCGGAGAAGAAUGAAGUGAUGCAGCUGCUGAAGAUGCAUCAAGACGAGAGACAGGAGAAAGCAAGAAAGGAAAUUGCCAUCCGUAAGCGUCUGGCCAUCAAGUCAUUACAGCAGGAGCACCUAGAUGAGAUCAUCCUACAGUCCAAGCUAGAUGAAGACGCAGCCAUGAAGCUGCUCAGAGAACACCGUAGCAACCAGCAGGACCUCGAAACGGCCAUGGAUGAUGAGUUGUCGCGGCAACGGAUGCUGCUUGAAGAGAAGCUAGCCAAACGACGGGCCCUGGCUCAGUACAACGAGUCGCUAGGCGACCACAACAAGCAGAUGCUGAAUACCAUGGUAACGCAGACCCUAAGCGUCAUUGACGAGCUAGAGAAAGAUGACAAACUGACAGAGCAAGAAGUAGAGCGUUACACCCAGAGACUGAGGCAGGAGUUUCUAGCUGCCAAGGGCGCGUAUGACAAGGAGAAGACUAAACAGGAAGAGGGAUUGCAUAAGAGGCUGAGUGAACUCAAGAGGAGAAAACUGGAAGAGAGGGCUAGGGAGCAUAAGCAACAACUGGAUCAGUUUGAAAAGGAUCAGCGAACAAAACUUGAGAAUAAUAAUCUGGAUCCCUCUCAGCACACGGAAGCCAAGAUGGACCUCCUCGCCUCACAGCGUACCGAGAUGCAUGAGCUGGAGAUAUCUCUGGACGACGACGCAGGAAAACAGUUGGAGGAACUCAACAAGAACAUGGCCGAGGAAACCAAGGAGAAACUGACAAGGAGCAAAGAGGGAUUCUUCAAGGAUUUGAUGAGUCAUGGAAUGACAGAACGUAUGAAGAAUGAGAUAUUAGACCAGCACCAACGAGACAUGGAGAGUUUGGCUGAAGAGCACGAAGAACAGAGACUGAAACAAGAAAGGCUGUUAAAGAAACGUCUGGCCAAGCAUCGGCAGGAAUGGAUCAAGAGGAAACAGGAAGAGAAACAGGAACAAGAGAUGAUACGGGACCAUGAAGAGAAAGUGGUUGGUCGCAUCCUUGCUUCCCAGCUGGCAAUCUCAGAGGAGGACCGCCAACGCAUCUUAGAUGAACAUGAGAAGCAGCAAGUGGCCCUGGACAGCAGUCUUGCCUUGCAGAAGCUCAAGCAGCGGCGAUUAUUGGAAGAGAGGGUUGCCAAGCGACGGGCGAGGCAGAUGGAGAAGCUAGAGAAGAAACACAAUCAAGAAACACAGCGCCAGGCUCGUAAGCGACAGCUCGCUGACAGUGAUGAAGGCAGCGAUGAAGAGACGCAGCAAGAAUUGAUGAAGAAACAAGCGGAGGAGAAACUCACUCUCCUGUCUGGAAACAAUGAUGAGGAUAUAGAAGAUGAACUUGAAGCAGUAAGAGUCGAAAUGAUGGAAGCGAAAGUUGGAGCGCUGAAAGAGCAAGAGGAACGACUGGGUGCUCUGGUUGCUAAGCUACAACUGGAGAGGUCACGAGAGAUCGCGACGAUUGAAGAACAACAGAAGGCGCUUUGGCAGCUCAAGAUGAACAUGUUGGAUGACAUGACAGAAACGGGAAUUAUCCGCAAUGCUGACUGCAAGAAGGUUAUUGAGAACCAUCAGAAGGAGGCAAAGAAUCUUGAGAACAAACUCAAGGCCCAACGGGAGAAACAAGAGAAAGAGUUUAAGCGCCGACUCCGAGACAAACUCGCUGACCGAGAGCAACUGUUUGUCAGCAAGCAAGAAGAGGAAAUCCAACACCUUGCAGAGAACGUAAAGAACAAAACCUCGGCGAGACUGAAACGAGUCGCUCUGAAACACAAACAUCUCAUGGAAAUGGAGGAAUUCAGACGUAAUCUUGAGAUUGAAGUCAACCAAGCCCUUGAAGAUCUCCGCAGAAAGUUUGAAGUGGAGAGACUUAAACAGAUGCAAGAACAGGAAUUACAGUUCAUCUCUGGUCUGGUCAAACAUGGCAAGUUCAGCCCUUCCGAGCUUCGCAACAUUCUCUACCUCUUGUUCCCGGGUAAGACAGAAAAAGAACUGGAGCCGCUACUGAGAAAGAUGUUCAACAAGGAGGAAGGGGAGGAGCUUAGGGAGAAUGAGGGGGAGGGAGACAGUGUUGCUAACGGCAACGUGAGAGGGUCAUUUGACAAGAAAGGCAAAGCUGCGAAGUCCGGCUCCAGUCUAGAAGACAAGAUUAAGCUGAGCAUUCUGGGAAAUACUGGCAGCUCGGCCGUGUCCACACCGAGCAGAGAGAGGAGAAAACCCAACAAACUCCUCAAGAAACUGAAGAAGAACAAGCAGAACAAGAAACUGGCGCCCAUCACCACUGGUGCCCAAAAGUUUGAAGACCCCGAUGACCACUCACAAAGGUCAUCAUUCCAAGGCGACGCCCUGCCCCAGAUUGGAAUGCUCCGCCCAGAACCAGUGGGACGGACAGCCACGCCCAGUGAUGACGAAUACAUCGAUAGAAGAGUGCAGAUGGAUACAGACUCGGAAGAAGAUGAGAGGCGGCCCCUCAAGAAAAAAGGGGGUGGGAAGUUUGGCAGAUCUGAAUAUUCAUAUUAGUGGGGUUUGAGGAGGCGGGAUAUUCUGAAUAUUCAUAUUAGUAGGGGUGGAGAAGGUGGGAACUUUGGCAAAUCUGUCUUUUCAUAUAAUCGGUCAGUGCUUAAAAUAUUCAAAGGCACAGGAGAGGCAGCCCUGAAUCAAAAAAUGGGGUGGGAAAGUUGGCAAAUCUGAAUAUUCAUAUUACAGGUCAAAGGUUAAAUAUUCGAAGCCAGAGGAGAAACGGCCCCUGCUUGUUUUGUACAACUUCUAAUAUUCUUAUUUGAAAGCUGACCACCUUACCUCUCAGAAUUGUUUCAAACCUUUUUACUUUUUUAGGUUUAAACUAUUAGGUUGCUUUUGGACAUGUACAUGUAGCAGCAAAUAGUAUACAUAUACAGCAGUGCCUUCAGGUAAAUUUUGGCUGAAGUAUCGUUGACAUUAACAUUUGCAUUGAUUUUAUUAGCGAUUGAAUGUCUAUGCUACUCACAGGUACAUUCCAUUUUGCAUUAUUGUUACAGGCAAUAACCAAAAGUGGUCUUUCUUAAUAAAAUAUUUUACAAGCUUUUCGAUAGCACAAUAAACAAAUAUUUUCCCAAUCAUGUCUUUCAUAAUUUUGAACUUUUUAUGUCUCAAACUAUUUGUUGUAAAAUGGAAAGUCUCGUCAACAUGUUUAAUCAUGGUGUAAGGAUCCUAAGCGCCUUUAAAUAAACAUUCCACUUUUGUCAAGAAUUUGCAAAAUUUUUUUUGCAAUAACAUUCAAAGCAAUUGUUUUUCAUAUGGUCAAUUUACGAAAUGUAUUUUAAUGUGUAAUUAAUAUUGAAGAUUUUAAAUAUCUGUAUAUAUUGGCAACUUAACUAGCAUUUUUAGCAUUGCUUGGGGAUCAAGUGUAAAGUGUGACAUAGUCAUGUUGUUUGAAUGAGCAAAUUUAUUCCUUAUGUGAAUGUGUGAACAAGUUAUUUUAAUGCUGUUAAACUUAUUCUAAUGCUGUCAACUAAGUAUAUUUUGCAAGACAUAGGUUCUGUGCUGACAUUUGUAAAUUUUAGAUAAUCAAGAACAGUUCAUAGCAUUACAUUGUAAAAACCCAAAGCUCUUGGCCACUAAUGCCUUAAUAUUAUUUAGAAUAUCCAUUUUGAAGAACUAAACUAAAUACAAAUGUGUUAGUAUCCAUGUGAAAAAACUCAAAAAUAAAUUAUUAGAAGGGUAUCCAUGUAAAAAAAGUGGGAAUAAAACGGAGUUGUCAUAAAGUGGAGGGGUGGACAAAAUCAGUAAACACGGAGGGACCCGUAACUGCACACUGCUUCCCUGAAAUAAAACAUGAUAUUUAUGUUUUGUUAAUACACCUCACACCUAGGUUAUCUCAUUGUCAAGUGAUUAAAAAUGUCUACGAAAAUUUGAAAUUGAACAAAAAGGAAUGAAGAAUUAGACUUCAAGGUUUAAGCAUGAUAAAGUAAUCCCACCACUUGAAACAAAAUAAAAUACUGCACAAAAAUUCUUUCAACUUGGUCAACUUGCUUGUUUUGUAAAUUUUUUUUACAGUGCUGUGUCAACUUAGGACCCAUAAAGUUUUUUUUUCUAAGAACAGGAAUUGUUAUUGUCCUUUGUGAAGGUUGUUGGCAAUAUUGACAAUGUUGUCCUGUAUAUUAUUAGUCAUUGACCUUCAACCAAUACCAAAUCAUUCAAGAGUACAUGUAGUCAACAGUUAAUUAGCACAAAUUUGAAAUCAUACGUUAAUUUCUACAAGCUGGGGGAAAAAAUUACCGGCAACCAUGUUAACCAUAAACGAACCUUUUCAAAUCAUGAAAUUACAACUUUUUAAUUUUGGCAGCUGUUUAUAAAGUAUCAUGUCUCCUUCACAAAAUCAACAGCACAACACAAUUAUUAACACAUUUAACCAAAUUUUAUUGCAUACACAUUUGACUGUAACACAAUAUUCAUUAAAACGAAUCGCUGCAACCGAAGAAACGUUUGUCUAGUGUAUGCUUCGUAACAUACUAGAGAUUAAUACAUGUACACCUAACAAUGCACACACAAGUACAUUGUAAAAGAAAUGGAGCACAUUUGGAUGGAAAAAAAGUGAAUUCCAUAUUUACUCUUGUGAAAUGCAUGUACAAACGCCAAGUUUGUGACAUGGAAUAUUUAUCAAGUAUGGCUGUGCCAAUUUUUUUUUCCAAAGAAAAUCUAUUUGGCUUGAAAGCAAUUUUUUCUUUCAAGUGACAGAGUAGUUUGUGGAAAAUAUGAAAUUUUGAAUGAUUUCAACCGAUUUGACAUGUGUUAUGACCAAAACCUUAUACAAAAAUUACAUAUCUUACAGUUGGGAAAUAACUGGUAGAAUUUGUGAAUGAAUUUUGAAAUUUAAAAACAAACCAUGACCCAACCCAAAAAAGGACACAAAAGUAACAAGGAAGUUAUAUUGUUGGCUGCAUUAGACAGUGGCAUUUCACUGUUGCUACAACAGUACUUGAUGAAGAGUGUGUACAAAUUAUACUCGGUGCUUCAAAGUGAUUGUACCCAGCAUUUCAUGGUGCAAUCCACAAUACUUGCUAGAUUACAUUACAAGACUUUUAAAUAGGAAAUGGCAAGGGAAGAAAUAUCAGCUGGGAAAAACUCAAAAAUGACAAAUAAUUUAGCUGCUGCAAACUGCUCACUGACUGGACUGACCUGCAAUAAACAGUUCAAAAGUUGGAGAGGUCUGAUAUAUUUCGUCUUUAGCAAAGACUUCUUCAGAGGCAAAAACUAGGGAAACUGAUUAAAUAGCAAAAAAAAAUACGCAUUUUGUAAUCAAUCCGAACAACGUGUUCCUAGUCACACUGUUCACCAUCACCCAAAAUUUUGAUCAAAAAGACACUUUGUGUUGUGCAAUCAACUGAAUUUGCUUUGUAACAAUAAUUGAAGUUAAUUUGACAACUUUAAUCAAGUUUUAAUAACUUUAAGACACGACACAGAUUUUUUUUUUUUCAAAUUUGUAUUUACAAUUCAAUGUUAGUACACACACCUAAAGGUAAUUGCAAACAUUGAAGUUCUGGGGAAAAGUAUUCUGACCACCAAACCACUGCUCAAAAAAACAAAACAAAAGCUGAUAAAUUAAGUUUUAUUACUAAAAUGAAGGGAAAAAAAGCAUUUGAAAUGAGGCAUGCCCAAAAGUAUGUACCCACUUUAAUACAAGCAUUUUUGUACUUAGUG